GUGGCGCACGUGAAACCGCCACUCGUGCGCGCGCCGCGGACGCAGCCGCUUCCAAUUUUGAAUCCGGAUCGUUAACGACCAUUUUCAAAUUUAUUCUUUUUAAAACUUAAAAAGUAAAGUGCCAGUGCCACGAACUGUUUGAGGAUUUUGUGACUGUGUGCCAUUGUGAAACUUUUUGGACAGAUACUGAAAGAGUUAGUGGUCUUCGAUUGACAGUGAAUCGAGAUAGUAUCUUUUCGUAUUGUGUACCAAACUGACUUGAGUCUGGCAUUUCCUGCUGACGCAUUGUAUAGUGAAGUGUUAUAUUGCCCCGGAUAUUCCGCCGCUUUCGUUCAAUUAGGCUGUAUAGCCUUGAUGUCAGUCCGCCCCAAAAGUGAUGGAUAGCCACAGCCGCUCCGCGUCUCCGCGGGACCCGCCCAGGCCCCAGCACCGCCCGCCCUCGCCGCCCUCGCCUGCCGCCUUCGACAACCGCGCCUACCAGCACGACGACCCCGACCAAAACCACAACGAUUCCUUCACCUCCAACCCCCCACAGCAGAACGGACACAAAGAACCCAAUGGGGACACCAAAACUUUAGAAGCAGUUAACUUGGAACUGAUAAAUCUGACGCCGAAGAAUGGGAAUGCUAAGAAGAAGGAUGUUGAGGUCGAUAUGAAUGCGACUAACCCGUACGAUGAGUACUUCGUACCGGUCAAUGAACACAGGAAAUAUAUGAGGGGCGAGAAGCUGUACGUGACGGCAGACAAGCGAGGAGAGAAGGGGGGCUGCAAAAGACCUCUCUGCUGGACACUGCUCGGACUGGUCGUGGCCGCUAUCGUGGCUCUCAUCGUUCUAGCAGCCACUGGCGUACUGUUCACGAACUCCCCGACGACCUUGGAGCAAUACAACUCGUCUAUUAGCUCUGCUCGCGCGCUGGGCGGCAUCGGAUCAUCUGACGACGAACAGGACCACAGCAUGCAUGACCACAGCGGCCAUGACCAUAGCGGCCACGACCAUGGCGGCCACGACCACAGCAGCCAUGACCAUAGCGGCCACGACCACAGCAGCCACGAACACAGCAGCCAAGAAAGCACCGACAAAGCUGAACCGAAGCUGGAAACAACUAUACAGCCACAGCUUGUCGAAACUCAAAAUGAUGAAGGAAUCGACCACUCCAUGGGAUCUGACGAAAUUACGGAUUCGUCUAUGUACGUUCCAAGGACGGUAGAAGGUGAACUGACCAUCGACAAUGAAGAAUACAAACCCGAAAUGGAAGACCCGGAGAGCAUGGAGUAUCGGCAGUUCACGUCGACCUUCACCGAGGCCCUGAAGCGCGCUCUGUUCGACCGGAACACACUUGACCAAGGCGAUCAGGACAUCACUGUCGAAGUUGUAGGCAUAAGGAAGGGAUCAUUAAUCGUCACCUACAGAAUUCACUGGAAGCCGAAAAACAACGCUCAACCUAACGAAGAUUUGCUAACAACAAAGACACUAGAGACGAACCUCAACGAAUACCUCGACAGAAAUAACAGGAUGAUCAGCACUUACCAUAUUUCAGAAGAAAAGAUGCCAACUAGGCCUGUUCUCGACUUGUGCAAAAUCAGCAAGAACGACUGCCAAUACGAAUGUGAGUUUGACCAAACAUCUCUAGACUUCAUUUGCACAUGCCCCCGUGGACAAAUGUUAGAUAUGACCAACCCCAAGAAAUGCAUGCACAUUUUCGAAAACCCUGAACAAGUUCAAUUUAACCAACAAUUGGACGAAUUAACUAAACAGAAGGAGUUCAGAGUUCUUACGUUGGAUGAUAAUCCUACCACAAGCAAACCUGUAUCUGAAGAAGAAAAACCAGAUUCCGCCACGGUACAGGUCAGUGGACAUGAUCAAGUCUUCGAUUGGAAAGACUCACAGAAUGCAAUGCAAACCACGACCACUGAAUCGGAACCAGAUUUAAAUAAUUCUCACAUAUUUGGUCAUGCAAGCGAGAAACCCGAUGAAACUGAAACUCAGAAGUCGGAACAAAGCUCUGAACAAGAAAAUAAUUCUUCACAAGAACCUGGGCCAGCACCGGAACCUAAUGCAGAACCGGAACCAAAUGCGGAGCCUGAACCUUCUGCGGAACCUGAACCAUCUGCCGUUCCAGAACCCACCGCGGAGCCGAGCGCCGAGCCGACUGCUGAGCCUAGCGCCGAACCGAGCGCCGAGCCUAACGCUGAGCCAAGUCCCGAACCGAAUGCCGAACCCGAACCGAGCGCCGAACCUAAACCAAUUGCUGAGCCUGAGCCGACCGCUGAGCCUAAGUCUGCUGACGAAUCAGAGCUUACCUCUGAACCAAAAUCAGAACCCGCCUCUGGAACAGAUCUAGCUUCAGAAAUCGAACCAGAAAUAGAAGCUAAACCUGAACCGACUGCAGAACCAGAACCAAAAGCUGAGCCGGAACCGAACCCAGAGCCCGAACCCACUGCGGAACCAGCCGUUCCAUUGAUGGAAACUGAUACAAAUACAAUGGAAUCAAAGAAAGACACAGGAUCAAAUGAAAGCCGAGAACCUGAAAACACUUUGGAAGUUAAGUCCACGUCAUAUCAAAAUAAAGGAAUAUAUCUCCACAACAGCGAAGAGGCUGAAAAUCCUCCAGAAAUUACCACCACGGAAUCCAACGUUCCAUUAAAUGUUGAGACUGAAACGACAACGCAAACUGAUUGGUUAGAAAAUGUAAAACAUGAUAUGAACAAAGUUGGUGCUAACUAUGAUCUAUCGCAACAAAGGUCUUUUGCAUACAACGAUAACGAGAUAGUAGCUGAAACGACAGCUAAAAAUGAUGAUAUUUCUUUCGAUAGUAUAAAUCAUAUAAACGAAAUAUUAACAGCGACUACAAUAAGUAACGACGAACCGAUGACGACUGAUAACCCUUUAACCGAUAAAGAUAAGUCAGAAGAAAGUUUGAUCCAAAUCACCUCAUUAAAACCCACUACUAUGGCGUUAGACAAUACUGCUGACGAGCAAUCUGGAGUUAAAAACGAAACAAAAAUUGAAAGCGAGACAUCUGAGGAAGGGUCCAUAAUGAAUACAUUGACGAAUGAGGGAAAAACCAUGGAAGUAAAGGAAACUGAUGCCAUUCAGGCAACUACAACAGAAUCAGAACCAACUACAGACUUUUCAAUUAACAAGGCAAUGAAAGUAACUGAAGUAGAUAAAGAACUUGUACAAGCAUUGAACAAAGUAGAUGAACCUGAAAUUAAAGAAACUACUACAGAAAAAUAUUUAAAGGAUGAUUAUGAUACAAUGCCUAUUACAUUCGACGCAAUAAAUGCGCUUUAUAAUCGUUCUUCUAAAUCAAUAAAUGACGAAAAUUCUACGACUGAAAUUGCACCAGAAUCGAAUAUGUCAGUAAACGAUUCAACAGUAUUACCAACUGAAACUGAGUGGCUGUCUGAAAAAGUUACUGAAGUUCCUUACAACGAAGCUAUGAAUAAAAUGGAGAAGCAUGAAACCACUGAGAAUCCAGUAAGCAAGAUCGACGAACUUAUUACACGCAGUGAUUCUAAAGACGACUUUGAACCCGAUUACUUAAGUAACCUUGGCACCACAAGUAAAAUGGCAGACACUGAUGUUCCUUUAUAUGGCAUGACCCAUGAUUAUGACAAUGAAGAUCUACGAGUGAAAAGGGUUGAUGAAAAUAUCAAAGGCACAACCACCAAACCCAUGGAGUCUGCAGAGAUUACAACUCCAAUGAAUAAAAUGGAAACCACUCAAAUGGUGAAUAUCGAAACCACUACUGUGAGUGAAUACAUCUACAAAGCCGCCGAACACAUAAACACCACUGAAAAUUUAAGCGAGGUAUCGACAUCUGAAAAUUCUACUUUAGAUCUUAAUUCUGCCCCCGCACCAGUAUGGGAAGAAUCUGAAGGAAACAAAGAUGAAUCAACUAAGGUUACAAGCGAGAUUCCUGCAGCUACAUCCGCAAACAAACCAAGUGAAGAAGCUGAAUUAGCCACAGAAACCUCUCCUACUACACCGGCUACGAACGCAGAGGUCAAAACUGACGUUGAAUCUUCAGAAAAUCCUAGCUCAACCCAGUUCAAUAACUUAAAAGUAAACGUAUACGAGGUGUCUAAUGCAAACCAAACUUUCAAUGCUGCAAAGUCCGGCACCCACUCGGCUGAAUCAGAGUCUGAACAUGAAUCAGACAUGAAUCCUUUCUUACCAGAAGCUGAAAACAAUAAAUUACUGGUUAAAAAACUUCAAGAAGGACACGAUCUUGAACCCACUAACUUAAAUGAGACACAAAACGAAAACGGCGAGGAGCAUACGCUUAACACCUCAGACACGAAUGGGUCGUCAAGCAACGAGGCGGUGACAGUAGCAGCUGAGGAAAAUGAAAACAUUCAAACAACAACGCAUUCUAGCGUAUCAGUUGGCGAGUUCAACGAUCAACAAGUAGAAACUCACAAAGUUACAGUAGAGACAACUACGACGCUAAUAGACGCGAAACCUGAUGAUACCAACGUAGACAAUUCUCUACCCGAAACUUCACCUGUAUCUACAUUCUUACAAGACACUGAAGAUCUAGACCAAGGCUUUGUUUCUGGUAAGAAUACUGAAACGACUACUACAGAAAAAGAUUCUUUAAGUCCGCCUAGUACGGUUUCUGGUAGCUUUGCAACAGAUACAAACGUAGUCCCAGACGACGCGUACCUAAGCGUCCUGCCCGUCGAAGAGACAGCGUCUGCGAAGGAAGCAUCAAAGAGCUCCGAAAGUGAAAACAGUCAAAAACUUAACGACAUUAGUGAUUCUUCAAAAAAAAGUGAGAGGACAUUUCAAAAAGUUAUAACCCAAAAAUUGGAUUCAGUAAUUCUCAAUAACGAGGCGUAGUUCGCACGUUAGGUAGUUAGCCAUAAGGUUGUAUAUUGCUGAUUGUUUCCUGUGAUGCUAUCGAUACUGUAUCGAACAAAUUCAUACCUAUGUAUAUUGAACGGCUCACCUUGUACCAAUGUGUGUAAAUGCAAUUAUGUACUUUAUUGGUUCUAAUUAACUUUCUUUGUGGGUACCUCGACGGCAAACUAGACAGUGCCUACUACUUACUAAAGAAUAUUAUUGUUGUUUAUGUCGAUAAUAUUGUUAGACUAGUCAAACUAGAAAAGAGUCAUGUCAUCUUGAGGUUUUAGGUUUAUUUAUUGCUUAUGUUCUGAUGCAGCUAGCUCAAAAUCUCUUCUCGAACCUUUUGUGUGACGUCAAACGCAAGCCUACUAAGAGAAUAAAAGUAAUUAUCCUAUUUUAAAUUGUUACCAUAGCUAAAUGUAUGAUACUAUAAAUAUAUUAUCAAAAUUGCUUCCUCAAGUCGAUGGAUUCGUUAUGAUAAAAUGUAUAUUUUGUCUCGUGAAUGAUGAAAUGAAUUUCUGCCAUUCCGUUAUGUGAUAGAGAACUCGCAGGUAUAGUAGACAUUCCAAUCGUACUUAAUAUUAUUUUAACUUAGCGGUAAUGCAGAAGUGAGGUCUGAUUGUAAUAUAAUAAUUAAAGUAGUCCUUGUUAACUAAGAUAUAUUUUGUAUAAAUGGUUGAAAUUGUAAAGAUUACGUUGUAAAUAAAUUUAAAGUUAAUACAUACAAUAAA